GUCAACAAAAAUAUUAUUAAACUGCAUAAAACUUCUGUAACCUGCUAAAUUGUAAACAGAACGAUGUGCUAAACGUGUUUCUGCCUCUAGCACAAGCACAACAUGUGUUGUUGCAUUAUGGGUAAGGCUAAUCAGCUGACAGCUGACAUGUAAAUGGCGGGUAGGUUAGGUCUUUAUUUUACCAACCCAGACCCAGAGUCAAUUGAAGAAGAAAAAGACUUGUGACAUUAAAUGAAAAAUAAAGGUAUUUGCUUGAAUGUUUUUAAAAGAAAAUAUAAACCUGAAGAGAGAAACAGAUGUAUGAUUUGUCAGGAAAAAGGAACAAGACAUUAUCUACCAAAAAGAAAAAUUAACAUUUGCAAAACCUUCUUUCCUUACGUCUAUUGACAAGUAUAAAGUGCAAUAAUAUUCACAUGACUAGCAUGAGUAAAAAUAUGGAUGCCUUGUCAGAGGAGAUUGACGAGUUGUUACUACGUAAGUUAGAAUUAAUGGAAGAAAAGAUUCGUGGAAAUGUUCAAAUGGAAACAUUAUUGAAAGAUGGUCAUAUUGAGUUAGCUAAAGCGAAAUAUAUCCGUGGAAAGGAGAACAUCAGUAUUCUACAGGUUCCAAACAAUGAAGACACAGUCACAUCCUUGUUUGACUUGGAAACUAAUGUGACGAAUGAUAAUGAUGACGCUGUGGUGUGUUUUGAUAUAAGUUUAAAAAAAUCUAGCAAUGAGACAGAUGAACCGAAAGAUCCUGUAAAAUGGUUCGGUGUACUGGUCCCGCAAAAUUUGAGAAAGAGUCAGAAACGCUUUCAGGAAUCCAUCUAUCUUGCCACAAAGAUAGCAAAUGUACAAGCAGAACUUACUUCUGUGCUCUCCAAGCUUAAAGCAUUACGUGUCCAAAAGGACAGUUUAUGUUCUCCAAAUGAUAUUAAAACUUAGUUAAUAAACAAAUAUCCUUACAAAUUGUACUAUAUAUAUAAUUUACAAUUUAAUAUUUAAAAGAGUAAUAUUACAUUAAAAUAUAUCAAACUAUAAAUGAAUAUAAUCGACAAAAGAUGUAUGCUCUUUAAAUAUCUGAUAUGUUAAACUAAAUUCUAUAAAGGUGCACAAAAUUUUUUAUUA